AUGAAAAUCAAGGCCCUCAGCCGGUCGAUAGCGGCUGUCCAGCCAGCCGGCUCGGAUGUGGCCAAGCAGCCGAAAAACAUGGAAGCCGCCGUCCACCCGUUCGAGCGAGCCAGAGAAUACAAGCGCGCUCUCAACGCCGUCAAGAUGGAGAGGAUGUUUGCGCAGCCCUUUAUCUGCCAGCUUGGGCAAGGCCACGUGGACGGAGUCUACCAGCUCGCCAAGGACCCCAACUCCCUCAACAUGCUGGCAAGCGGCUCAGGUGACGGCGUGGUCAAGGUCUGGGACAUGGAAAGCCGAGAGCAGCGGUGGCAUGUAAAUGCGCAUACGAACAUUGUGAAGGGUCUGGCUUGGACGAAGGACCAGAAGCUACUCACUUGCGGGACCGACCGGAAGAUCCAUCUCUUCGACCCCUCCAACGCCGCCGACUCCGAACCUCUCACGACUUUCACUGGUGCCAGCGCUUUCACUUCGCUCAGCCACCACAGGUCUAAGAAUGCUUUCGCCGCCGCAUCGGGCAGCAAGAUUCAGAUCUAUGACCUCGAGAAGAUCUCGGGCGCGCCUGAAGAGUACAGCUGGCCCAACGCGACGGACACAAUAAAUGCAGUCAAGUUCAACCAGGUGGAGCAGUCGGUAGUAGCAUCAACUGCUUCCGACAGGUCGAUAGUGAUCUGGGAUGUGCGACUCUCGACGCCAGUGGUCAAGACCGUCUUGACAUUGGCUUCGAACGCGCUGUCGUGGAAUCCAAUGGAGGCGUUCAACCUUGCUGUGGCAAAUGAGGACCAUAAUUGCUAUGUGUUUGACGUGCGGAAGUUUGACAGGGCGCUCAAUGUGCUCAAGGGACAUGUUGCUGCUGCGAUGGACGUAGAAUUCUCGCCGACUGGUGAAGAGCUCGUGACAGCGUCAUACGACAGGACGAUCAGGAUUUUCGCUCGCGACCAAGGGCAUUCACGCGAUAUUUACCACACCAAGAGAAUGCAACGUGUGUUCGCUACGAAGUGGACGCCAGAUGGCAAGUACCUGAUCUCCGGAUCCGAUGACGGCAACAUCAGGCUGUGGCGGGCGAAUGCUUCAAAGCGGGAGGGCGUAAAGUCUGCGAGACAACGACAGGCUGAGGAAUACAACUCGAAAUUGGUGGAGCGCUUUUCGCACAUGCCCGAGAUUCGGCGUAUCAAACGCCACAGACAUAUUCCUCAGAUUGUCAAGAAGGCUGGCGAGAUCAAGAAUGAGGAGUUGAAGUCGAUUAAGAGGCGCGAGGAGAAUGAGAGGAAGCACAGCAAGAAGCAAUUCGAGAAGCGCCGAAGCGAGCGGGAGAAGAUGAUCCUGGCCCGGGAGAAGUAA